UGUGUUCCCGGUAAAUUGCACCACAACCUUGUGACCGAGCGAUACGGAGGAGGGAUGUUUUGACUGUGGCCCACAUCGAGUGUGUUCACACAGUACAAUGGUCCAUAAACCGUCAAUCGCAGUCCACUUUCAAACAAGACGUGAUCAACAAUGAGGAAAUCUCCAUCUCAGCAGGAUCUCAAGUGCCCGGAGGAGGAUGCAUCUCCACUAUCUCGCUUCUUCUUCUUGUGGGUUGGAAGCUUGAUACAAAAGGCCAACCAGCAGCCCCUUUCGGAGCAUGACGUAUGGGAUCUGAACGUCAGGGACAAGACAGGAACUGUGGCCCCAGUCUUCGACAGUACUUGGGAGGGGAACUCCCCCAGACACUUCAUCAGAAGAGACUCCAAUAACGAUGUCAAGUCAACCAAGCCUGCCACCUCUUCUCUGGAAGCAAGUGUUCGACACAGAAACAUCAAAGGGAUGCCCCACAGCGAGGAAGAUGCCAACAGAGGAUCACACACCAUUAAUUCAAGUCAGUCUCAGACUCCUCUCCACCCAAAGCCACCACAGAACCACGGUGAAGAAGGACACACACCCGAGGGAAGACCUUCUCUACUCGCUGCCAUCUUGAAGUCAUUCUGGCAAGAACUUCUUCUGGCAGUUGGACUGAAACUGGUGAAGUUUGUUUCCUUAUGGAUAUCAAGUCCGUUUUUACUUUGUCUCCUGAUUGACGUCACAGCAGACCCGGACACCAGCGUCUGGGAGGGUGCGGCCCUGUCUGUCACCAUGGUUACAGUCAUGAUAAUAGGGACUAUCAUUGACGAACAGUCUUCAUAUUUGAGAUACAGGAACAACAUGCAUAUAGAAUCAGCUCUCAAAAAUGCAAUUUUCAAAAAGGCAAUAAAUCUUCAUACAAGUGCCAGGAAGCUCUAUUCCAUGGGCCACAUGACGAACUUGGUGUCAGGGGAUGUUGGGACUAUUGCUAGCAAAUUCUCCAACAUUAUCUUCAUCAUGUUCACACCUGUCCACAUCGUUGUCAUCUUCCUACAACUGUUCGCCCUCCUUGGUCCUGCAGCAGGGCUCGGUUUUCUCGUCAUCCUAAUCCUUGUGCCCAUCAACAUGCAUAUAUCAGACAAAAUCACCGAACUUUUCGCGAAGAACGCCCAAAACAAAGAUGAGAAAAUGAAACUCCUCAACGAGGUCUUGACUGGGAUGAAGGUGCUGAAACUCAAUGCCUGGGAGCCAUGUUUCGGGGCCAAGUUGUCCGCCUGUCGGGACAGGGAGAUGGAUGUCCUGACACGCAUGACGUAUUACAGAGCCCUGCAUAUCUUCAGCUGGAACACUGCGCCCUAUCUGAUUUCAGUGGUGAUAUUCACGGGGUAUUUUCUCCUAAACGAAGACCCAGCCUUUACAGCCAGGACAGCAUUUGCCGUCAUAUCUGCACUCAAUUUUCUUCGUUUUGCCAUUAACCAGGCCCCGGAUAUAAUGAAUGAUAUUAACAGUAUUAAACUUUCAAUAAAAAGAAUAGAAACAUUCUUGUGUGAGAGCGAUUUCCAGUCAGUCAGCGGUGGAGAUCCAGAAUCACACGAUGCAGCAAUUGAAAUUACAAAUGGCACGUUUACCUGGGAUUCCAGUACAGCACAAACGUUAAGCAAUAUAAACCUGAGCAUCCCUGAGAGCAGCCUGGUGGCCGUGGUGGGACAUGUAGGGGCAGGGAAAUCUUCACUUGUAGCAGCAGUCCUGGGUGAGAUCCAGAAGGUUAAAGGUCAUCUCAGCGUCCAAGGUCGUGUUGCCUAUGUGUCCCAACAAGCCUGGAUCCAGAACGACACCUUGCAGAACAACAUCUUGUUCGGGAAACCCAUGGACAGUCAUCAGUAUAAAACAGUGAUCCAGGCCUGUGCUCUGCAGCCUGACAUAGAUAUGCUGUCUGCUGGUGAUCUAACGGAGAUCGGAGAAAGGGGUAUCAACUUGAGUGGAGGACAGAAGCAGAGAGUGUCUCUAGCUAGAGCUGUCUACAAUGAUGCUGACAUCUAUCUGCUGGAUGAUCCACUCAGUGCUGUUGACAGUCACGUGGGGAAACAUAUAUUUGAGAAAGUGAUCAAAGGGAUCCUUAGGAAUAAAGUCGUGGUGUUGGUAACCCACAACCUGCGUUACCUGCCUGACGUUGACAACAUCAUCGUCAUGGAGGACGGCACAGUAGCAGAGACGGGGUCGUUCCGCGACCUCCUCAACAGUGACGGUGUGUUUACACGUGUGCUGCGAUCCUACAUGGCGGAUUAUGAAGACAACCCAACAUGUUUUGAAGAUUUUGAAUCAGAAGAUAUCAAUCUAGAUUCAGACCUAAAAUCAAAGUUGAGAAGAUUGGACAGCACAGGGUCAUCUGAAAACCAACAGUUCAGACGCCAGGCGUCCAAGGUGUCCAGACAGAACUCAAGCCAUCUGUCAACCUCGUCUGAAGACAAACCAGAGACUGAAGGUCGUUAUGUUAAGGAGGAAGAAGUCUCGGACCCAGAUGCCAAGGAAAAGUGGUCAAUGCUUCUCAAGUACAUCUCCGCUUACGGCGAGUGGAACUUGCUGUUUCUUCUGGUGUUUUAUGCCAUGUACUACAUCACAUGGGUGGGGGCCAACCUGAUGCUGGUCAAGUGGACAAAUGACCCACGUCUCCAACACGUCAACGACAGUAACACCAGUGACGUUGUAUGGAAGACAAACAUGAUCUACUUCAGCAUCUACAGCUCUCUAGGAGUUGCAUUGUCCGUGUUUAUUCUUCUCUACUCCUACAUGAUGUCUCGUGGCGUCGUGCGUGCCUCCAAAGAACUCCACAGCAAGAUGCUGACGAAUAUUCUCAAGUCACCGAUGGAAUUCUUCGACACAACUCCAGUUGGAAGAAUAACCAAUCGUUUCUCCCACGACAUGAAGGUCAUAGACGACGAGAUGCCAAUGUGUAUGGAGUACUGGCUUGACGGCGUUGUCAACGUUGUGACGUCAAUGCUCGUUGUGGUGUACAGCACGCCACAGACGGUGUUAGUGCUCAUCCCUGUCUUGUACGUCUACAGAACAUUACAUAAUUGUUUCAACACUGCUAAAAACCGACUCAGUAGAUUAUCAGUGAAGGCAAAGUCUCCGAUGGAGAGCCACUUCACUGAAUCCGUAAUGGGUUCAGAGAUCAUCCGUGCCUUUGGUGACCAACAGAGGUUUGCUGGGAAGAUGCAAGAUACCAUUGAUCAUUAUCACAAAAUGAGAAUGUGUGGGAGAGUCGCUUUCAGAUGGAUUGGGAUCCAGAUGAUUGGUGUUGGCAAUGCAGUGUGUGGAGCCUCCUGUCUCCUGAGGAGUUUCACGAAAGGAUCAGCAUCAGCAGCCCUGAUGGGUCUGGGAAGUACAUUCUCAUUACAGUUGCAAGGGGAUAUGAAAUGGCUAAUGACCUUACAGAGCGACCUGGAAACCAAUUUGAUAUCCAUGGAGAGAAUAGCACAGUACAUCCACAAUCCGAAUGAGGCAUCAUGGAGGAAGGACUCUUCUCAGCUUCCACGGAACUGGCCAGCAAGAGGUAGAGUGGAGUUUCACAACUACAGUCUCCGAUACCGUCAGGACACGGGCCUGGUGCUGAGGAACAUCUCAUUUACUGUACAUGGAGGGGAGAAGAUCGGUGUUGUCGGCAGGACAGGUGCGGGUAAAUCCUCCCUGAUGCUCUCCCUUUUCCGCUUGGUGGAGCCAGCAGAGGGCGCUAUUGUGAUAGACGGAGUAGAUAUUGCUGACAUAGGACUUCAUGAUGUCAGAGAGAAACUGGCUAUCAUACCACAGGACCCUGUGUUGUUCACGGGUCCGUUGAGGAUGAAUCUUGACCCCCAGGACUUGUACACAGACCAGGACAUAUGGGAGGCUUUGGACCACACCCACAUCCGCCAGUUUGUGGAGUCCUUGCCUGGCCUAUUGCAGAGUGACUGUGGAGAGGGCGGAAACAACUUCAGUGUCGGACAACGUCAACUUUUCUGUAUGACCAGAACACUCUUGAAGAAGUCCAACAUUCUUGUUCUGGACGAAGCUACAGCUGCUGUUGACAUGGAAACAGAUGACCUGAUCCAGCAGACCAUCAGGUCAGAGUUCAAGGACUGCACCGUGCUGACCAUCGCCCACAGACUCAACACCAUCAUGGACUACGACAGGAUCCUGGUCCUUGACAACGGCUGUGUGUGUGAGUUUGACACACCCUCCUCCCUGCUACAACAGCCCGACAGCAUCUUCUACAACAUGGCCAAAGCUGCUCGCUUGACCUCAUAGAAUUCAGAGAUUUUUCAGAAUUAUAUAUGUAUAUUUUUGCAAACAAUACCGUUAAUCUGCCAGUGUUUGACACGUUAGUUCUUACAGCAUUCCAUAAAUUAUCUCCGGCUAUGUGAUUUAUUGUAUAUAAAUACUUUUAAAAAGGAAAUUCAUUUUGACAUGAUUUUAUUCCUGAUUUUUAAUUCUGGUCGCUGCAAAUUGAAAAUCUUAAAGGCACAGUGUAACGUUUCAUUAAUUCAUUCGAACUUUUUAUUCAAUAUUGUAAUCUAAAUACGUAAUUUAUUUGCUAAAUAAAUAAUAUGAUAGCUUCCCCGAGGGCUGAUAAUUACUAUUAUUGAGAGAAAUGCAUUAUAUAUUUUUAGAGAAGUUUGGUGUGAUAUAGUGCCUUUAACAUAAGUUGAGGGCUCGUCCUAGUUUUGUUGUAAAUUCUUAGUCUUGUAGCACAAAUAAUAACCAGAGCUGAUAUUAUAAUUAUAAGUGUGUAAUUACAAUCUACCAUCGUCGCUUUGCUGGAUAUUAAUGAAAUGAAUAUAUGUUAUGCUUUUAUGUAGAGUGUUCGGCUAAAAUGCCUUGAGUCUCCAAAUGAAGAGGAAAUAAGGGUUUUGUAGGAAUCAGAAGUGAAACAACAUUCAGACAUGUUGGCUUUGCUUAGUGCUGAGACUUCUUGCUAAACUAUCGAUGAUAAACUUAUGUUUCUCUGAGCAGAGUCUCAUGUAACAUGUACGUUUAGUUUCGUAUACUCUUUGAUUGAUUAAGGAGGUUUGGGUGAAUUAGUGUAUGUGUCGAUGUUGGUUGCCAUAUGUUGACUAUGUUUAAUAAAAUGCAUCAAAGUUUAUCUUUCAUACAAAGCGUCAAGAGAAAAGGUGUGCACACACAAUAUCCUCAGAAGUCAUGUACUGAAUCAGAGUUGAAAUAAGACGUGAAUAUGCAGCGUGAAUGUGUUUGCUUAACAUGUAUCGCCAGAAAUUAUAAUACCUAUAUUGAUUAAAAUAAUGUGAUACAUUAA